CGGGGGAGGAAGUGUCAGUUUGUGAACCUGCUGCAUGCGAGCCAGGCGGACUGGGACCUCGCAGCUCCCAGGGAGCCAGUGUCAGCGGAAGCUGAUGGAGAAUCGAGCUCUGGAUUCAGGGACUCGGGACUCCUAUGGUGCCACCAGCCACCUCCCCAACAAGGGGGCCUUGGCUAAGGCCAAGAACAACUUCAGAGACCUGAUGUCCAAGCUGACAGAGGGCCAGUAUGUGCUGUGCCGGUGGACAGAUGGACUGUAUUACCUUGGGAAGAUCAAGAGGGUGAGCAGUUCUAAGCAAAGCUGCCUUGUGACUUUUGAAGAUAAUUCAAAAUACUGGGUCCUGUGGAAGGACAUACAACAUGCUGGCGUUCCAGGGGAGGAGCCCAAGUGUAACAUCUGCCUGGGGAAAACAUCAGGGCCGCUGAAUGAGAUCCUCAUUUGUGGGAAGUGUGGCCUGGGUUACCACCAGCAGUGCCACAUCCCCACAGCAGGCAGUGCCGACCGGCCCCUGCUCACACCCUGGUUCUGCCGACGCUGCAUCUUCGCACUGGCUGUGCGGAAAGGUGGCGCGCUGAAGAAGGGAGCCAUUGCCAGGACUCUGCAGGCUGUGAAGAUGGUGUUGUCCUACCAGCCUGAGGAGCUUGACUGGGAUUCGCCUCACCGCACCAACCAGCAGCAAUGCUACUGCUAUUGCGGGGGACCUGGAGAAUGGUACCUGCGGAUGCUGCAAUGUUACCGGUGUAGGCAGUGGUUCCAUGAGGCCUGCACACAGUGCCUCAAUGAGCCUAUGAUGUUUGGAGACCGGUUCUACCUGUUCUUUUGCUCCGUGUGUAACCAGGGCCCAGAGUACAUCGAGAGGCUCCCCCUGCGAUGGGUGGAUGUGGUUCACCUGGCCCUCUAUAACCUGGGAGUGCAGAGCAAGAAGAAGUACUUUGACUUUGAGGAGAUUCUGGCCUUUGUCAAUCACCACUGGGAGCUCCUACAGCUUGGCAAGCUCACCAGCACCCCUGUGACAGAUCGAGGACCACAUCUCCUCAACGCUCUCAACAGCUACAAAAGCCGGUUCCUCUGUGGCAAGGAGAUCAAGAAGAAAAAGUGCAUUUUCCGCCUGCGCAUCCGCGUCCCACCCAACCCUCCGGGGAAGCUGCUACCUGACAAAGGCCUGGUACCAAGUGAGAACAGUGCCUCCUCUGAGCUGCGUAAGAGAGGAAAGAGCAAGCCUGGUUUGUUGCCUCACGAAUUCCAGCAGCAGAAAAGGCGAGUUUAUAGAAGAAAAAGGUCAAAGUUUUUGCUGGAAGAUGCUAUUCCCAGUAGUGACUUUACUUCGGCCUGGAGCACCAACCACCAUCUGGCCAGCAUAUUCGACUUCACGCUGGACGAAAUUCAGAGUUUAAAAAGUGCCAGCUCAGGCCAGACCUUCUUCUCAGAUGUGGACUCCACCGAUGCCGCCAGUACCUCCGGCUCCGCCUCCACCAGCCUCUCCUAUGACUCCAGACGGACAGUUGGCAGCCGCAAGAGGAAGCUGGCAGCCAAAGCGUACAUGCCCCUGCGGGCCAAGCGGCGGGCGGCUGAGCUGGGUGGACGCUGCCCUUCGGACAGCAGUGCCGAGGGGGCUUCUGGCCCCGAGCGGCCCGAUGAAGGCAUCGACAGCCAUACAUUUGAGAGCAUCAGUGAGGACGACUCGUCUCUGUCCCACCUCAAGUCCUCAAUCACCAACUACUUUGGCGCGGCUGGGAGGUUGGCCUGUGGGGAGAAGUACCAGGUGUUGGCACGGAGGGUCACGCCAGAGGGCAAGGUUCAGUACCUAGUGGAAUGGGAAGGGACCACCCCUUACUGAGCGCCCCUUGGGUGGAUGCCAGGAGCCCUGAAAACCAAAGGAGGGACAGCAGAAGCCAUAGGAUCUCAUAUUCCCCAGGCAGGGGCUGGGGAGGGAGGCAGGACCGAGAUGCAAGUGCCUGGCCAAAGGCCCCCCUGCCUGCUCACCAGGCCAAGGCCAAAGCCUGCACUGCUGCUGUGCCAUUGUUCUCGGGCUUACCUGGGCCCAUCAGCCCUGUGCCUGGGUCUGAGGUCUUGCUGGCUCUCUUUCAGUGUCUCUACACACUCCACACCCCUCAAACUCUUCACUAGUUCCUCCGAAUUUGCGUCCCCUUGGCUCUGUAACCCUUUCUCCUUAGGCCCGAUCUUUUUUGUCCCUGAGGCUCCAUCCCUGCACUUCUCACCCCUUUUGGGUGUGUUUACACAUCCUCCACAUGCACAUCUGUCCCUCCACUAGAGUCCUUCGCACCUGACCCCUGGACAGCAGUCCUCCCUGGAACCCAAGGGAGAAUGUCUGAAAGUGGAGCUUCUCUCCCUCCCUUUCUGCCACUUCCUCUUGGAAGGGUUGGGGGACAUCUCUGGGAAAACCCAUGUGGCGGAGACACUGGGACCCAGGACCUGGGGAGUAAAGAGCUGGGUGUCUGCUGCAGAAGACAUCAGCAUCAGGCCCCAUCUCAAGGGAAAGCAAAAGUGGGGGGAGGGGUGGGGCCAUUGUUUUUGCUGCUUCCGGAGAUAUUAGAAACUGACUCACUUGAUUGGAAAAUGGAAAGAAGUGCCUUGAUUAGGGCUGGAGGACAGGGGCACCAGACUGGUACUAGCCUUGCCAACUGCUGCUGUGGCCUCCAGCUUGGCUGGUUUUUGCAGAUCACCAGCUGGAAGGCGAAAGGAGGUAGAAGAGAAGCAGCAGCAGGACAGCAGGCCUGAGAAGCUUGUUUUUCCAUUACCAGAACCACCCUGCUGCCUGCCUGUGAGCAGUCGGGGGUCUCUGACAUAGAUUAGACAGCCUCUGCCUUAAACCUGAACUCCUACAGUGCCUUUCAAAGGGAUCUUGCCUCUCGAGCACAGCCUGCUUACUUUCCUCUGCUUCCUCGGCACAGCCCAGGCAGGGACAAGUAGGCGCUGGACCCAGAUCUCAGCCCCACAGCUGCUGUCCCUGAGCCCCCCCAACUGGGGCCAGGUGGAAGAGGAGCUGGGAUCCAAUCUGUGGCUUCCUGCUGGCCUCAGAGCACAGCAAGCUCACAGGCCUGCUUUCAGACUCCUGAGAAAGCCAGAUGUGUGGGGCCUGUUUCAGCACCUUCCCUACUUGGGCUCCAGGGAGACUCUGGCCCUGAAGGGGGCCCACUUGGGAAGACAGCACAAGGCCUAACAAGGUCACCUGACCCCUACCCCAGUGUUUCCUUCAUACCAGAUAAUAGCUGCAUUACUGCCAACUGACCUUAUAACCCUGUGCACCUUCUAAAAGAUCAUGGUUUUGAAUUGCUGCUUUUAAUAACAUUUGUUAUAUUAAAGUUAUAAUUGAUGUGUCUGGUUUACAAUGUAAAAAUUCCCUUUGAAAAAUCCUGUUUUCCUGAUAGCAGCUGUUGGACAGCAGAAGGAACUGGCUCUGGUUUCUGCUGUGGCUUUGCGUAGGUUAAGCUUAGGGGGAGGGCUGGACUCUGUCCUCUGGCCACCCCUCCACUCCUGCCUACAACAUUCAACAAUAUUUCUGUCCUUAUUGCCAGAGACAAUACUUGGAAACUUUACUUGAGUCCCUGACCCAUGGGGGGGGCAUGGAUUAACUGAGGAGCAGGAAAGAUGGGAAAUGAACUCAGAAAUAGACCCCAUUAAAAUGUGUAAAAUACAGGCACUACAAACUUGGCUCACUACACCCAGACAGUUCUAGAAACGUGAACCAGUUCUAUGGUACAACCUGGCUGUGCUGGUCAUAACCUGUAACACUGACCAUCCCAGCAGCACCUGGCUCCCCACAUGUUGGGAGGGAAACUUCACACCUUACUGAUUAUUACUUUAAGCCUGUAAGUUUAGGGUAGUUUGGAGAGAAACACAGAUUAAAGGGGUAAAGAAUAGGCCAGUUGUAUAGAAAGGUGAAAGCCAUGAGAUUAGUUGAAUUCUAAUAGUUCCAGGGGUGAAAUGUAGCCUAUUAAUCCCCACUGGAGGGUCUAGUUGUGUUAAUAAGAGGUGCCUUUAAACAUCUGCAUUAACUACCACUCCUGCUGCUUCAACCUUUUAGUCUCCUUUGGCAUAAAACCACAAUGGCAGCUGGGAUGGGAGGAUUAUUCAUUCCUUUGGCUGAAAUAGGUGGAAUGAAAGAAAUGACUUGUGCUAGGUGUUGAAAGACCUCAGUUGUAGCCCAAGUUCUGGUCUACCGUGAACAACACUCAAGCCUCCUAAAGCCUGUGACCACCUGGCCUCCUCUGUGAUCUGGACCAGCACUUGCAAAUUCACAGCAAGCAUUUACCUUUGGGGUUUUGGAACAAGAUAUUAGAAUUCUCAGAAAUUCCCCAAACUCAUUCUUAAGGUACUUUAUUCCUU